CUCAUAUGUAAUCUACCACUGUCAGUUUGACGUUUAAGAGUUUUAGGCUAUCUCUUGAUUAUUAUUUUUGUUACUUAUAUGUACAAUGGAAAAAUUAAAUUUUGAAUGCGAUGGUAUUAAAUAUAGCGAGAAUUGGUUAUAUCGUGGAGAAGGGAAUGCUCAUCUUGCAUUGUCUUUACCCAGUUUAAGGAAGGUUUUGAUAUUUAAAAAGCAGAAUCCACAGGAAGCAGGAGAUGCUUCUGAAAGCUUCCUGAAGUCAAUAGCGUUUCAAAAUAAGAUAAUGAAACACUUGUUUGGCAUUUAUGUAACACGCAUUGAGAGGGUUGAAUUCUUAGAUGAUCUGAUGAGUUUCAAGAGUCAACUGGAUGGAUUGAGGCCAGCUCAUCGGAUGCACAAAACAUUAAGCCACAAUGCGAUCCUAUGUCAGGACUACACCUGUUUCGAAGAGGGCUUAGACAGAUUCGUGGAUGAUGACGAUGUAUAUGCCGUCGAGAUCAAACCCAAGUUCGGAGUGCAGAGCGAAGAGAACUGCUUGUUUUGUCAAAAACAGAUAUUAAAGACAGAUGAGAAAUUUCAGCUGAACCAAGGAAAUAUCAAAAGUCCUACGAAUUAUUGCCCGAAAAAAAUAUUCUCCGGAGAGUUUAAACUAAUGUUGGAAUCCAUCGAGGACCUAAUCGAAAAUCCGCAGAACAAUUUUCAAGUCUACAAAAACGGACAACUUGUGUAUUCAGAGAACCACGAGAUUAUAGCGUUCGAUAGUGUCAUUAACGAAACAUUCCAAAACCGCGAAGAUUUCAAGAACGCAAUCUGCCAGAUGCUGCUUGCUAAUCUGGAAGAUGUCCAAGAAUCAAUAGACUCAUCGGAUGGCCUUCCAAAGGGAUGCGUACUAAAGAAGAUACUGAAAUACCAGUCCUAUUAUCUGACUAACGCUGGAAACGUGCCAGAUAACUUCGAUUACGUCGGGAAAUGCCUGAAGGACUUCAAUGAGAACUGCUUGGAUCUCGAAAGCUACAAAUUAAAUUGUCCGAUCAUUUGUAAAGUGCUCGGAAAAAUCGUUAAAGAUUGUUCCGUGAUGUUGACCUUCACUAAACAGCUUAAAAAGAUAACCGCACCAAAGCGACAUUUGAUCCAGAGUUCGAACGGCAGGAAAAUCCUAUUUGAUGUUAAAAUCUUCGAUUUGUAUCCGAAAUAAAAUAAAAGUUUACGU